AGGCCCCCUGAGCUGUAUGGAUCUGUGCAAAACUGCUACAGUAUCUUUUUUUAUUUGAAUGAUUUUUUCUCGCUGAUGAAUGUUUCGAAAGCAAUGAUUAUUGACGUUUCUCAAUGUUAAAACACAGCGUUGGGAUUGCGGUUCACAUGAAGUAGUCAUGGGCAAAGCUAAUGGCUGAAACUGUACGAAGGUAGAAUGCCACCUAGAGUUUGAGAGCGAUCCCCGAACAUGUCUAGAUAGAUAGCCCAGCCUGCUGCUAACUAGCUACUAGGUAGCGUUUAUAGUCUGUAUUUCAUGUGUGAAUGUUAGAUCUGCCAUGUUUUUACAUGGGUUAAAUGUUAACCGAAUUCAACAGGUGUCAUAUGUUAUCUUACAAUGUUUUAAAGGUGUCAUUAAUGGAAAGCGAAACAAUGGACUUGUUCUAUAAUUUUGAAAGCUUAUGGAACGAAACAUUCCAGGUUAAGGGUCUGCACGGAGGGCAUUGCGUCCUGCCUAAGAACAGCCCUUAGCGGUGGUACAGUAUAUUCAAAGGGGUUUAAGACUAGACCACAGCCUGUCGUUUCCAAUGGGAACAAAUGAGUGAUGGUGGGCAGAGCCAAGCCCGAGGCUAGCGAGACUCUAUUUCCGCGUUGCAUAUUUCCGUUAGGGAACGCAUCUCCUUUGCGCUCCUUAUAAACAACGCGACAUUUAAAAAAAACAUUUUUGCAACGGGAAAAGUCUACAAAACGUAGUCCACACUGUUCAUAACAUACUAUAGAUCGUGCAUUGUUUCCCUAUAACGCAUAGUAGUUUUGCACUGUAGCAUUCAAUGGCUAUAGUUCAUUCUUACAUAUUCUAUGUUGGAGCUGCUUUUGAACGCAAAAGUCAAAUUGAAAACAUCAUUGGCAUUGUUGAAUUCGAUUUUCAUAACGGCAAGCGAGGACUUGAUUAUGGUUUGGUUCGUUUAACUAGCAAGUCUGUUUGUUUGGUUAUCUGUAGCUAUCUAGUAAACUUGCCAGCUACUUCGGUGGAUGUUUAACACAUUUUUAUAGCAGCAAAUGUGUUAAUGUAUAGCCAUGGAUAAUCAACUCGGGGCUUUAUGCAUUCACUGAAAAAUAAUGCAAUUCCGUGGAAGGUCAGUUCCACUCCAGUAGCACGUCAUGGAACAAACCUCCCACGUUGUUCAUUGUUUCCCAUGGAACGCAUAGGCCCCUCGUUGAUUAUCCCUUACACAAUGUAUAGUAAUCGUGGUCAUCAAAUACACAUUUUAACAACACCAAAAACAGAUUUACCACGUGAUCAAAGUUCCGCAACACGUGGUACUUGAAUAAAAAAAACAUGGAGGAUGAAGUUGAUUGAAGAGGCUGCUGUAUUUUUGUGCUCUGAUUUACCCAAAUAUCACAGCUGUUAGUUUGGCUAGAUCAUUGCCUGUCUUGGGGAGAAUUUAGGCACUAUAUUUUAUCUAGUGUGACAGGUUCUAGAACUCAGUGGCGGUGUUUUGGAGCGGCUCGAGGAGGAGCAGCAGCAGCAGCAGCAGCAGCAGCAGCAGCAGCAGCAGCAGCGAUGGAGGGGUUCGGGACUAUAACCUUCCCCAUGUUAGCAGACGAAGAAAAGAGCUGCAGUGCCUCUGCUGUACCAAGUAACGGUAGCUUUUACAGCACUCUACUGCAGGGUGUUUUCGUUGAAGAGUGCAUGGCCUCUGCAUCAGAAGACCGUAUGGCGUCCCUGUGCCAGAGUCAGCAGCAGUGUGUGAAGGCCUCCAUCGUGUCCAGCUGGCAGCUGGUGGAGGCUCAGGACCAGCUGUGUGGGCUGGAGCUGCACGGCUCUGAGAGUGUUGAGCAGGAGCAUGCCCGUGCCAUUGCCAGCCAAUCAGAGCUCUCCCAGACGGAACAAGAGUGGCGCCGGAAGGAGAACAUGCUGGGAGGCAGCAGGAGCCCUGUGCUCAGUGCUGACAGCAGCCAGGAUGUGUUUGACAAGAGUAUUAUUAAUUCAAGAAGUAAAAACGUUGAAUUGGAGGAUCAUGACCAGAGCAAAACCUUUGUUCAGAAGUAUGAACAGGAAUUUAGAUAUUUCGGCAUGUUGCGGAGGUGGGAUGACAGCCAGCGGUUCCUGUCUGACCUGCCUCACCUCGUCUGUGAGGAGACUGCCAACUACCUGAUCCUCUGGUGCUUCAGACUACAGGCUGAGGAGAAAGAGGCGUUGAUGGAGCAGGUAGCUCACCAGGCUGUUGCUAUGCAGUUUAUCCUGGAGAUGGCCAGCACCUCCCAGCAGGACCCCAGAGGCUGCUUCCGUCACUUCUUCCACAAAGCCAAAGCAGGACAAGAGGGGUACUUGGAUGUAUUCCAUACUGAGCUAGAGGCCUUUAAGCAGAGAGUAAAAGAGCACACUGUCAAGUGCAAAGGAGAGACACUCCCUAACUUUACAGAGCACCAGAGCAGCACAGCACGCUGUCGCCCGGAACCCGGAGAAGUUCUAGAAUCUUUACCCCCUGAACUGAAGUCAGGGUUCCAGCUGCAAGACAUGCAGAUUCUCCAGAAUGUUCUCAGCACCAUGAAUCCACAGGUGGCAGAGUACCAUGUGAAGCGCUGUCUGGAGGCUGGCUUGUGGACCAACCGAGAAGGGAGAUGGUCCACGGAGGACGCUACUUUAGAAACGGACGAUCUGCGCAUGAUGGAGACAUAACGAAUGUGGCGCAAGCGCCCUCCACCUCCCCGUCAUUUCCCCAUCCGUUCAUGACACUCAAUAGAAAUAUUACAAAAUGGAGGGGAAAAGGGCUGAGCUCCCACAGACUUAUUUUUAUAUGCUGCAUAAUCUGCGCUGGAAUGUGUCCUGCACUUUAUAUUUGGUUCAAAACAACAAACAAACACAUAUUUAAGGGAAGACCAUUGGUAGGUAUUUUGAAGCGCUUACUGUACCUUAGGACAUACUUUAGCGAUAUAAGCUAUCUUGAAGGGAGUUUAAAACGGUUUUCAUCUACAGUAGGCUUGACUGGACCCGGCACAGUCCUUCCCUAGCAGGGGGGGGGGGGAACCCGAGCAUUAGAAUAAAACACGCUCUUGUUGUAAAUAAAAGUACACAUUUUUUUUUUUAAUUGAAGAAACAAAAGGCCUGUUCCUGGACUCCUGGACCUAGCGUAUGUGGUCCAAACUCUCCUAGAAACUUUCCUUAACUCCCGUGUGUCCAGUUUGUCAUCAUUAGGCCAAACAUUGAUACUACCACGGUGUAGCUAUGGUGACAUAACCAUGCAAAGUGAUCAGUUGACUGCUGUGCCGAAUUCUUGUUUUUGUUACUGCUCGUCACUCCACAUCGACCAACCCUCAAAAAAAAAGUGGCCCAUUACAGAAGAAUAAGCUUGUCAAACAUGUGUUUGGCUGCUAAACCUGCUCACAGACUUGAUUGUGGAAUAGAAUGAAAUGGUCCAACUUUCUGUCUGACGUAGCGUUGAUUAACAUCCUGUGUUAGGUUCUGCUUCGAUGCUCUGUUUUGAAAUAGAACAGCUUUCAAACAA